AAUUUUCAUUGUUGCUAAUUUUUGUUCCAGAUACUGAGGCCUGAGCGAUUCAUCGCAGGCAUGUAGAGAAGUGAUGCAACUCCUAAUGCUGAUUGCCUUGAUCUUGUUGAUUUUACCGCUGUUAACGGAAAUCGGGGAAGCGCUUAGUCCAGAAUUCGUGGCACCUUUAAAGAACCAAACAGUGACAAUCGGACGGGACGCAACUUUCGAGUGUCACAUCCGCAACUUGGGCGGAUACAGAAUCGGAUGGGUGUACGUGAACACGCGAGAGAUCCAAGCCAUCCACGACCACGUGAUCACGCCGAAUCCACGCGUCUCUGUUUCGCAGCAGAACAACAAGACAUGGAGUCUCCACAUCAAAGAAGUUGAAGAACGAGACAGGGGCCUCUACAUGUGCCAGAUCAACACCGAUCCUAUGCAGGACCAGAUGGCGUAUCUGAACGUGGUGGUUCCGCCGGAUAUAGUGGACGACGGCACGUCCAGCGACCAGAACGUCAACGAAGGCGGGAACGUCUGGCUUACAUGCAAGGCCAAGGGCUUCCCGAAACCCACUAUCACAUGGAAGCGGGAGCACGGAGACGAAAUCUCAAUCAAGGACUCCUCCGAUAUGAAAAUACAUAAAUAUAAAAGCUAUCCGGGCGAAACUUUGAAUCUGACCAAAAUAAGUCGCUCGGAAAUGGGCGCCUACUUCUGCAUAGCCGCCAACGGAGUCCAGCCCACGGUCAGCAAACGAAUAAUCGUCAAUGUCCAUUUUCCUCCUCAAAUACAAGUUCCUAAUCAACUUGUCGGUGCUCCGGAAGGCACUGACGUUACCCUGGAGUGCUACGUGGAGGCUCAUCCCAAGUCAAUAAAUUACUGGCUUAGAGAAAACUCAAAUGUUCCAGUUGUGCCAAGCGAGAAAUACAAGGUGGAGUUGAUCCAACUGAAAAAUCAGUCGCAGUUUGAAUUCAAACUGACGCUCUGCAUCCGCAAUUUCCAGAAGGAAGAUGUUGGAUCCUACCAGUGCGUCGCCAAGAACUCCAUGGGAGAAAUGGAAAGCAACAUUCGAAUCUAUCAAAUUUCAGGGCCGACGAUCCGGAGCAACACGGUCUCCCUGGAGGACGGCCUGGACAGCCCAGACGUCGGGAGCGAGAAGGACGUGGAGAGCAACAACAUUUGGGACUACGGCCCGGUGCAGACGGACGACAAGACCCGGAACAACCGGGUGAGGAAACCGGAGGACCAGAGGGGCGACGAGAAUCUCAGCUCAGCCUACUGCUCUUCCCCGUUGGCUCUCCUCUCGCUCACACUUCUCGCUCGGUUUCUCCUGUAAACUCCAAUCAGCGAGCAUAAUCCAAAACUAAAGUGCCAAAUUAAUUGUACAUAGUAUUAUUUUAGUCCCUGGCAAUAUUUGGACCGCGUUAUACAGAAAGGAACCAAGCCGCAUCAGCUAUUCCCAAAGAAC